GCUGGAGUGGUCAGUGUACACUGUUCACUGACACUCGGACAGUCGAGUUGGUAACGCUGAAUGAGUCUGACGUGCGGACGGUAAACGCGGCAAUAUUACGUUUGUGGUAAAUCAACUUUUUGUGUGACGCUGUGCUAGUGCCGUGAAGUGUUAACCCGGAUAACAAGGAUAUAAUGGUAUUGGGAUAGUGAUCAAUUUAGAAAUGUAGCAAAGACAAGUGACAGCCGCAAGAUGUUAGCAUACCAGUGACCAACAACGAUGCUCUAACGAUGGAAUCACCAGUCAGAAUAUGCUUAGGUGUAUCAGUAGUUAUUCUACUACUUUUAAGCAGCGCUCUAGUCAAUAGUUACACACUCACAAAUGAAACGAUAACGCAUCAAAAUGAGACUCAAACAAACAUUGGAGUGAAUGUGACCACUCAGGAUAAAUUAAAAAUACCAGACGUAACUCUCAACGAACUACAACAAAAACAUACUUCCGAAGAAAAUACAGAGAAAAAUGCAAAAUACAAGGAUCGAGGAAGAGUGAAGUUUAACCCAAGUAAAUCAACUACUGAAAGUGCCUUGCGACGUAUUAAAUCAACAACAAAAGCAAGCUUAGUAAUAGUCACACCGACCCCAGAAGCUAAAAAGCCAAUUGAGAUUAUAGAUAGUAUGCGUAAUUUCAAGAAAAGUAAACUACCAACUUCUACUACUACUACUACUACUACUACCACUACAGUUGAAUCAGAUAAAGAAGAAUUAGAUAGUGAAGAAGAAGACAGUGAGCAAGAAAACGAUGACGAUAACACUUUUGAUAAGUAUACAUUUAUGGACAAUUUUUUCACAAACUUUGAUACUGAUCAUGGUUUUGGUAUUAACAGUAACAUGAGACAAGCCAGCGUAAAAAAUCAGGACUUUAGUACUCCACAGUUUGAUAGUUUUUCUAGCUAUUUUCCUAAAGAAACAUAUAAAUCUGAUAAUAAUCACUUUAAAAAUGAUAACUUCUUUAAUUUUGAUAGAGAAUUAACGACACCAAAAAAUGAUUUCUUUGAUAAGAAGUAUGAAGAAAUAUCAUCAAGUAUUUUAAAAAGGUUGGACACAAUUAAAGGUAAAACUACACCAAUUAAUAAUAAUACUCAUAACGUUGUUAAGGAAAAUAUCGGUUAUGAAAAAGUUAGUAAUGAGAGUCCACAUAACAGGUCAACAGUUAUAAUAAAGAAUACUAAAGAAAUAAGAUUGCUAGACAAUGAUGAAGCUGGGAGUGGAACAGAUAAUAAGGCACUUUCAGAUGUUCACGGAACGAGCAUAUAUUACGAAAUGUCAGUCUUAUCAACUGAAACUUACAAUAUAACACAUACUAAUGAUGAUGAUUGCGACAAUGAUACCAUACAACCGGAGGUAACACCUAGAACGCCUCUAAUAGAAGAACUAGCAUCAGUUAUUCCUUCUCAGAACCCAAUUAUAGAGACCCCGACACAAUAUUCCAUACUUAUUCGAGAAAACGAGGUCGUAUCUACCGUUGCUCCUUUCAUCACAUCUAGUAGCAUACCUAUUGAUUCAAAAUCUUUAAGUUCACCACAAACCUCAACGCAAAAUAUGAUACUGUCUACAGAAAGCACUAAAAUUCAGAACAGAAAUCGAAAUUAUUCUAAACGUUUAAACCUUACUGGAACAAAGGAAAUUACUGAUAAUUCUGCAGUGUCAAAUAAACAGGCAACGCCAAAUCAAAUUAAUAGAUCACAAACGCGUAGAUUCCACAACACAACACCGAAAGCGAAGCCGGUAUGGAUGGCUCCUAGACGUAACGUUACAAGGACAUCAAUGCGCAUACCUACGACCAUCUACUCUGAAUAUUUUGACAUAAAAAAUAAAUUCUUUACUACACAAGAACCCGGUUCUGCUGUGAGAGUUCUAUCAACGCAGUCAUCGGAUAUAGAUCCUAUUUUACAAAGUGAUGUAAGUGGAACAAAAAUAGUAGUAAAACCUUCAUCAAUUGCUGAUAAUACUAUUCCGUCUUUGCGUAAAAGGGGAUCUACCAGGUUCUCAACAUCCAGUUCGACUACCACAACCACAUCAACAUCAUCAACGAUGUCUUCAGCUACUACCUUAUCUAAUGGUGGUAUAAAAGACUUGGAAAUUCCACCAACCUUAACUGCCUGGGCAUUAGCCAGUCUGCGAAGUCCUCCUUCCCUAGCAAGUCCUAUAAAUAUCACCCAAAAAUCUAUUGAUGAAAACGAGUUACAAAAUGUUGGAGAGAUUUCAGAUAAGACAGAAACAAUCACAAGUUCAACUAGUUCCACCCCUAUCAUAACUAUGAAUCAAGAGUUUCUUGCGAAAAAUGUUACUGAUAUUGAGCAAAAUCAGCUUCUUUUGAAACCGCUAGCCACAUUGACAUCUGAGGCAGAUUUUGUGAACGAAAAAACAUCAGAAACUAUACCAGCUGAAAGUAAUAUAUCUCCUCAAAAUAGUACGGAAAUAAUAAAUAAGGAUAACGAAGGAUCAGAAAUAAAAACGUCAAAGGUUGAAACUCAAACUAAAGAGUCACCGUGGAUUUCUGCAUCAGAAAAUCUUGAGCUUUCACCCACGCAAGACACCAAAGUAGUUUAUCCAAGGGAAACAAUCCAAGCAUUUGAUACGAAAAAAUCAACUGGUUUUGAAUCUAUCACAAAAUUACCAUCUGAUAUGACCACACCAUCUGACACUGAAUCUUCUGAAGAUAAAAAUGAAAUGGUAACAACAAAACCAACACCUCUUGAUAAUUAUGAAAUCACUACCAUAAGAUUUCCUUACGUUCCUACUGAGGAUAUUACUGAUAAUACGGAAACAGACUCCUGGCAUUACGCAGGACCUACUCGAACAAAACCUACCACUGUUGACAAUAACCCUAUUACAACAUAUCGGCCUAAGUAUUUUGCAGCAGAUACCACAAGCGAAGAGAGUAGUAUAACUCCCGUUGACACAACACUUAAAUUAGAACUUUCAACACCUUAUACUGAAAUCACAACAGUCAAAGAUGAUAAAACCAUUGACACGCUUGAAAAAACUACAACAGUUGAAUCAACAGUUACUGAAACCGACACAACUGUAAAAGUAACUACUCCUUUAACUUCAACUGAAGACAGUAAAUCAACAGAAUUAGAAACAACAACAAUCAUUGUUUCCAUUGCUACGGAAAUUAAUACAGAGAUUGGAAAAGAUGCCACAGAGGUUCCAACAACAACUAAUGUAAUAACUAACACAAAUCAUUCAGAAGAAAACAGUGAGAGCAAUGAAGUAAUCACGCAGGAAGCAAAGUCUACAACCGAAGAGGCGAAAACAACUACUCAACAAACUAAACAGGAAACUACAACGAUUAUUCCAAUGACUACAACUGAAAGGUUCGAAAUAACCACUAUCGUAAAUGAAUCUGAAACUAAAGGGGCUGUAGUUUCGACAACUGAAUUGCCAAGAACUACACGUAUUGAUAUUUAUGAAGAAACUACCACAGAAGCAGUUACUGUAACUACUUACGCAGAGGAAGUAACAACUGAAGCUUCGUCCCGGGUUAGGUACGAGGCUGGUUCCGGAGCCACGAUAGCAGUCGCCGUCAGCGCCAUUGGAAUAGCCGCUCUCAUCCUUCUUAUAGUACUACUGGUGGUAGUACGCCGGCGCGGUCGUAGGGGCGUGUACGCUCAGCGCUGUACGCCCGUAUCCCUGGACGCGUACAGUCUGGACAGCGUUAGCGUGGGACAGCGGAAAGGGAACCUGAGGAUACGAGCCAGCAAGCGGAGCUACGGGAACCCGGCCUACGAUGACGAGGUGACGUCACAUCCGAUGAGCUACGCGGCGCUGGCAAACUUCGCGAUGGACGUGGAUUCCAUCACCGCCGAAUUCGCCGAGAUUCCCUCGGUGUCUGUGCGGCCCGAGGAGGUGCCUCCGGGCUGCGAGGACAAGAACCGGUAUUCCAACGUGCUGCCGCUCCCGGAGACCAGAGUGCCUCUGCGCAGGAUAGGGAACGACCCAACAACGGAGUACAUUAACGCGAAUUAUAUAACGGGUCCAGGCAACAUCCGUAACUUCUACAUCGCCUGCCAGGCGCCACUCUCCAACACCGUGGUGGACUUCUGGCGGAUGAUCUGGGAACAGAACUCGCGGACCAUCGUGAUGCUCACAGAGUACAUGGAAAGUGGAGUAGAAAAAUGUUACGAAUAUCUUCCACCUUCUGAGAUUUCUGACAACAGACGAACAUUCGGUCAGUUCCAAGUAAUCCUGAAGAAACGGGAACAGCAAGACAAGUAUGCCAUCUCCAGCGUCCAGCUGAUCAACUUGGCUACCAGAACUUGGCGGGAGGUGACACACCUGUGGUACUUCUGGCCGGCCAAGGGUGUACCGGAGGAUUACGACUCUGUUAUUGACUUCUUGUCAGAAAUGAGGAGUUAUAUGAAAAUAUCUCAGACUGCUAAGGAGUACGAUGAAGAAGGUAUAGAAGUAAUCUACGAGGACCAAAGCCGUUCAUCCUACAACAACCUAUCCAAGCUGAGGAGUGAGGAUCAUGCAGGGAAUGGAGUCAACGUGUAUUCUCCCGCAAAAGCUGAGGAGGUACUGCGGAGGGGGUACGGGACAAAUGGGACUCUGGGAAAGAUGAAAGUGGCUUCUGAACUUGAAGGUGUUCGUCCUUGCGUCGUGGUGUGCGCGUCAGGAGCCGGCAGAAGUGCAGCAAUAAUAGCCGCGGACAUUUGUGCGCGCGCGCUGGUCGCCGGCGCCGCAGACCUGCCGCGGACUGUGCGGGCACUCCGCACACAGAGACCGCACUCCAUAUCUAACAGACAUCAUUACAUUUUCUUGUAUAAGCUCCUGAGUGAGUACGGGAACAGGCUAUUGGGUGGUGUCGACAACAUAUAAAGAGAAAAUAGAACCAGUUCGUUAAUUAAUUAUUUGAUAAGUAUUAGUUCGAAAAUAUGUAGUAUGAAUUUGCAGCGAUAUCAAAAUAAGACUAAAUGAGUUUUUGAAUUUAUAAUAUUUACUGUAAAAUUUAUCAGAUUUUUAAUAUAUAUCACUUAUGUGGUGUUUUCGGAUAACAUCAUUGAAUAUGACAUAAGAUCGAUAGUGCAGUGCCACCUGUGUUGAGCUUUAGGCAAGCAACCGAUGUUUCAGUUUGAAAUAUCAAAAUUAGAGCUUUUUCCUAAUUGCGUAAGAUGAAAGUUUAUACCAAACAACCAUGUUUUUGUCUGCCUGUGGGUUGCCGAUCGGCUGGACCGAUUUUUAUGGGACUUUACGAACAGAAAUUCAACCCUGAUAAUGGGUUUAUACGACUCAAUAGUUAUGAAAUCACAUAAACAAGAUUAACGCGAAAAUACGGUGGAAUAUACAUAUUCUUAAUCUGGUAAAUUUUUCAGUACGACAAUGACAAGCAAACCAUUGGACCAAAGGAUAUUUACUAGGAUCUCUUAUGACAUGUAGGAUAUUUAUUAUUAUUACAAUCUAUAUACCAACAAUGUAUUUCUACCUAGCAUGCAUCAAAAUACUGUAGCAUUUAUAUUAUUCAUUGUAAACAAUGUCUAUAUAAAGCUUGUACUUUUACUCUGCUCUAUUUGGCUAGAAGCGCCCUCUAGCGACCCUUAGAGCUAAAACACGAGUUACGACGUCGACUAACAAUACAAAUAGAUGGCGCUUCUUUCUUAUUUCAUUCGCAUGAAUUUUUCGAUAGCAACGCCAUCUCUAAUUGGAAAAUAAAAAGACUUUUAUAUAAAUUUAGAAUUUUUACAAUAUUAGAUUUAUUUCAUAGUUUUAAUUAGAUAUAGAUAUAUUAUAUAUUAUUUGUUAUACAGCGAACAAUUUUAUUUUGUUGAUUGUUAUAGUACUAAUGUUAAGAAUAUUAUCUAGAUUAUAAUGGAACAUAAUAAAUAAUUAAUUAUAAAUUAUAUGUUAAAAGAGAAAAAUUAUAGAUAUAGUUCUAUGCAAUAGAUAGGUUAGGUUAUAUUUUAUAAUGUGAUUAUGUGAGUCAUUUUUAUUCUGCGCUUUUGCGCUCCAACAAUUUUUCAUCUUAAUACUUAUAUUAUAUCUUAAUAUAUUUAAAUUACGUGACACGUUGUUUGUACGCAAUGGAAUCCUAAACUAAUGAACGGAUUUUAAUGGGGAUUACUUCAUGGAGUGCAGUUUGGUCCAACUUGAGAGAUAGGAUAGUUUUUAUUUCGAUUUGGGACCCAUAAUUAUUAUUAUUUUUAAUAUUUGUUUUGUAUGGACAUAUUUUCUAUGAGAGAAUUUUGUGACGCACAGUUUGACAGUUCCGCUGUGAAAUAAUUUUAUUAAACACUUAAAACAACAUGGAGCAUUUUUUACGAAAUAAUUCUUGAUGUUUUGAAAUAUUAUUGGCAAAUUCCUAUAAAACAGUAUUGUUUUUUAUCAUCUACGGAACAACUUCCGUCGGGUCAGCUAGUUACGUAUAUUUUCUUGAAUAAUUAUGGCAAAUUUUAUAAAUAGCACAAAAUACUACAUAAUUACUACACUACACUACGUUAAUUUCCGACUCCUUCCUUUAGUUCGAACUUUUUUUUAAUUUUAAUAUCCUUCCAUCAAAUAUGUACUGAAUUAAGCAUCCAUUAACAAGACAGGAAGAAAGUAGUAGGAGUCCACUUAAAUCCACACCUAUUACUACACUACCCUACUCGGAAAUAUAAAAUGAUCGCAAUCUCAUUUAAGUAUUUUAAUAAAAGUCAACCUUAUUACCUAAUGUCUCUUAAUAUAUUGCUCCGCGAUACUGACUUUCUGUUAUACUAUUACUAAUAAAAUCGUGAUGAAUAGCCCAGUCUUGGGGUGCUAGUCUCGCAAUUUCAAAAUAGUUGAAGUUAAGUUUCGAAGUUAAGCUUGGAUAGGUCCAAGUUUUGUUAUAGAUUGGUAUUCUCCUAUGAUUUCCCUAGAACGCUCGCUCGAAGUUACUAAUAUGUUCUAAGAAAAAUAAAAUACUUCUACUACUGUUAAAAGGGUUACCUAUGCUCUAUUAUAUAUCUACUAGGAGUCAAAAUUUUGCAAAAUAACCAUCUCCCAACAAUUGACGUUCUAUCUUGUUACGUCAAUAGGUACGCAUAGUGCAAUUUCCCUAAAUCGGAACGUAACUUCAUCACAAUCGUAUCGUUAAUUUUUUUUGUGUUAUUGUCGUAACUAACAGUUCAGUUAACGUUCUAGGGAACUAACGAUAGGAGAAUACCUAUAUAAUAGAGAUAGGAGAAAACGUGGAUGAGAAUUUAACGUCAUUUAUUUUGAAAUUACGAGAAAGCAUCGGAGAUCGACUGUUGAUGUGUGGCCAACGUGUGGCGACAUUAUUCAUUCUAUCAAUAUUGGCCCAGUGACGAUAAUAAAUAUAAAUACUCUUUAUGAAUACCUUACUUAUUUUCAAGUACCGUAAAUUAGCAACUGGUAUGUUCCUACCGAAAGAAAAACACUCUGUUGCCUUGCAGCUGGUAUUUAAUUUAAAACCUACACUGAAGCAUUUUACCGCUUGCAAGUUGGCUAUAGUUCGGCCAUAUUGGACACAAAAAAGGCCACACGUCUAUUUCUGCUACCUAUCUUGCCCUUUUUAAAAGCCGUUUCAUGUUGUACAUAUUUUAUCGAAGUUUAAAUAUCAUAUAAUAAUAUUUCUGCUGUGAUUUUAAUUGAUAUUUGAAGUUUCUAAUCUUAUAAUUUUAAGUCAUUUUUUAAGUUUUACCGGUUCAUCCGUGUGAAAUAUAAUUUAAAUCGUUCAUUAUAUUACUUGUUCAUCUUGAAUUAUCAUUAACAUUAUAUUAUAUUUUAAAAAAGUUAUAAAUUUUCAGAUAUUAAGAUAUUAAACUACAUCAAAUUAAUAGGUUAACUAUAUUUAGAUAAUAUUUCAUUUUAAAAGAUGUAU